CUAGCAGCACAUAAGAGGAGUUUUCCUCUGCAAGUGAACCUCCACAUCACUUGAUAACAGCAGUGAUCAGACACUGGGAGCCAUAUCUGAAAUGAUAUCAUCUGAAAGGGGUUAAAUUACAUAACCUGUAAUCGUAAUUUCAGGGGAAGAAGAUAUGACCCUAAUUAGGAAAAAAAGAAGUGCCAAUAAAGAGGAUAACCAGCACUCUGCCCGUUGCAAAAGGGCUAAGAGAAACCCUGUCGCUCAGGAGUCUCAAGAGGCAGAGUUUUUCUCUUUGCAGCCCUCAGGCAGCAAUAAUGAACAGAAUAUCAACAAUAUUAAUGUCCCAGAGACAUCCAGUGGACCAGGAAGCAGCGCAAACUGGAUCGUUGCUGAUCCCAACCCGAGGAUCCCUCAGUCGUUCAACGAAGAGUCUGUCAUAUCCCAAGGUCCUUACUUCUGCAUCAACCAGGUCUUGAGGGAGGCUCACUUUAACAGCCUGCAGCAGCGAGGACGGUCUCCAACCUGAUGAGACUGGGAGCUCCUUCUUACAACCUAAAAUUGGCUUAUAAAAGCAGUUGCAUGCAAACAAAAAAAGUCUGUGGGCUUUCCUGUCUAUCUGUUAAGUAGCGGGUUAAUGGGUACUUGUUCAUUAGGAAUGUCACUAUACUGCUGCAAUUUGAAAAGAGGUUUGAAGAAAUGUUUUAAACAUUCUUUUCAAAUAGGGGGUCAUGUUUAUUUUAAGAUAGCAAAAUGGCAUGGCGGUGUUGUGAGACUACAGCUAAGCUGCCGCUAGCAAGGCUGGCAUCCCCCCUCUCCCCUUCCCCUCCCCUUCUCCACCUCCCCCUCUCCCACCUUUCUUCUCCCUCUUUCUCUCUGCCUUCCUCUCCUUCCCCUCUCCUCCCUCCCCACUCUUCUCCCCGCCCUCUCUCUUUUCACUCUGCCCCUCUUCCUCUCCCUCUCUCCCUCUCUCCCUCUCUGCCUUUCUUCCUUCUCCUCUUUACCUCUCCAUACUUACCUCUCCCUCUCUCCUUCCCUCCCCCUUUCUCCCUCUCUUGCUUUUUACCUCCUUCUCUCUCUCCCCCUCAUCCUCUCGCCCUCCUCCCCUCCCUCUCCCACUUCCCCUCUCCUUCCUCUUCUUCUACUCCUCUCGCCCAUUCCCUCCCCCUCCCCCUCUCCCAUUCUCCCUCUCUACCUCUCCCUCUCUAUCUCUUUCUCACUCAAUCCCUUUCCCCCUCCUCCCCCAUCUCUCCCCCUCCCUCUGUGUGCCUUCCUCUCCCCCUCUCCAUCUGCCCUUCUUCCUCUUGUUUCUAGUGCUCAACGUUUCAAAUAAAUAAAUAAUCUUUCUCUAAUUAGUCGUCCAAAUGAGAAGCUCCUCACCUCUGAAAUGAAUCCAUAGUAUACCCAAUUCAGAUUCCAAAUCUGUCAAGUGGAAACUCAUGGAAAAGAAUGUGAUUUUAAAGAUUUAUUUAUCUAUUUGAACAUCAGAAAUACAUAGAAACAAGAGGAGACAGAGAUACACACAACAACAGAGUGAGAGUGGGA